AUGGACGCUGAGUUAUACAAACCUUUUAGAUUGAGUUUGUUUUUCUUUAAACGACUCGGAAUGUGGCAGGAUGGUGAACAAACUUGGACUUAUUUUGUUUGUGGAUAUUUAUUUCAUUUCGUGUUUGUUUAUCUUUAUAUCUUUGGUCAAGUGAUUUAUUUGAUUAAUUCUGCUGACUUACUGGAUUUUGCUGAAGCGUUCGUAUUGACCACAACAUUUGUUGCGCAAGCAUUCAAAAGCUAUAACUUUUUCAUGAAGUUAAAAAGGAUUAAAAGAUCGAUGGAAAACAUCAACAAUCUUCUUGAGAAAACUGAUCAUGAAACUAAUUUUGGCCGUAAGCUGAUAAGACAAGAAGUUUCACUAUGCUAUAAAGUGUAUUUGAUCUUUUGGAGUUCUGCAAUUGUGACUGUCAUAUCAGGAGCUUUCGCUCCGGUUUUAAGUAGCAAAUCACCUUAUAAAGUUUGGUUUCCUUUUGAUACGAAUAAGGAGACAAACGAAGUUGGAUUUUGGAUCUCAUCUUAUUAUCUCGUGUUUAAUUCUAUUCCAAUAAGUACCCUUGAUAUAACUUUAGAUACUUUCCCAGUGAUAUUCAUGGCAUUUGCUAUUGGAUUUCUUAGAGAGCUUUCGGAACGUUUGAAGAAAAUAAGAAACAACCAUGAACUCGUUCAAUGUGUCGUUAUUCAUAAAGAAGUUAAACUUUUCAUCAAAGACAUUCAUGACAAUUUUGCUGAAGCAAUUUUCUUUCAAGGAAUUAUGAGUUCGCUUACUUUAUGUACUGGGGUGUUUACCAUGUCUGUUACUGAAAACUUGACACAAUUAAUUCGAAUUAUAACGUUUCUCAUCCCGAUGCUGCUUGAAAUAUUCCUUCCUUGCUACUUUGGAAAUGAACUGUCGAUAGCUUCAUCAACGCUCACUACUUCAAUCUUUCAAUCAAAUUGGAUUGAUGGAGAUAUGACAUUCAAGAGAGCUUUGAUGAUCUUCACUGAAUGCAACAGGAAAGAGUUGAAAAUCACAUCGCUUGGAUUAUUCGAUGUCAACAUUGCAACAUUCAGUUCAAUUGGAAGAAGCGCUUAUUCAGUUUUCAAUGUUUUGAAGCAAUCAACAAAUAGAAAUUCGUAUUGA